GCCGCACGCAGCAGGUUUCUCACGGCGGCGGCGGCGACGUCGUGCGCGCCACCCAGCGGCGGCCUCCUCCGUCCUCGCAUCCUCUCUCUCCCUCCCUCCCUCCCUCCCUCCCUCCCUCAUCGGUUGCUGCUCGUCCUCCCUCGUAGCCGGCGGCGGGAUGCCGCGGGAGGCGGCCGCCGUGCGCGUCUACACGGUCUGCGACGAGUCCAAGUACCUCGUCGUGCGGAACGUGCCGUCGCUCGGCUGCGGCGACGAGCUCGCCAAUCUCUUCGCCACCUACGGCCCAGUAGAGGAGUGCACGCCCAUGGAUGCUGAGGACUGUGAGCCUUACACCGAUGUUUUCUUCAUCAAGUUCUCGCAUGUCAGCAAUGCCAGGUUUGCAAAGAGGAAGUUGGAUGAGUCUGUAUUUCUUGGAAACCUGCUGCAGGUGUCAUAUGCCCCUCAGUUUGAGAGUCUUUUGGACACUAAGGAGAAACUGGAAGUCAGGAGAAAGGAAGUCCUUGCCCGAAUGAAAUCAACUUCUGGAAGACCUGAAGAGCUAUCUCAUCAUUAUCCAGGUCAGGGGUCAUCUUCUGGGAAUUCACAUCACCAGAUGAAUUCUAAUAAGAGGGAAUACACGAAAACACUUCAUUCUUCUCAGAUUGACGAUCCUCGUUUCAGUCAUGUAUCCUCUAAUAAGGAUUAUUUUCCAUCCAAGUCCAUGAACGCAACAGUGAAACUAGUCAGGGAGAAGCUUGACAAGAUACAAUCCAGCAGCGACAAUUCCAAUGCUGUAGUUACAUCCAAGAAACCAAGGAUCGAUAACCGUAGACGAAUAUGAAUAUAUGAUAUCAUGGGAUGGUGUAGAACAUGCAUUUUUUAUUCAUCUACUUGCAAUAGGUUUUAUAAUUGGUAGAAAGUAGUGUACAAUAACGCUGACUUGUUGUCUAUAUUCUCGUUCGGUUGUAAAAGUAUCCUUUUAAAUUUUGUGAGGAAGUAAUUUUGUAGUUAUGUUUUCCCGAUAAGGAAAGCUAAAAAUAGAUAUACCGUUCUAGACCGGCCUGAUAUCUAGAUAUUAAAUCUGAUACAUAUGUUUAAUAGCAUUUCUGAUAUAACGAUGGAGGUGACAAAAUAGGGAAGAGAGCAAUGCAAUUUUGGAACACUUAUGUUUCAAGAAAGUU